AUGGAAGAUAGCAACUGUAUUAAUGAAGAGCAUUCAAAAACAGUAACUCAGAGACAAUAUUUUGCAUAUAUUUUACAAUGGCGUCCAUUAAUUCCUCAUGCUCUCCAUUAUACCGGUCGUCUUUUUCAGCAAUUCAUCGUAGAUGCCUAUGUAACUAUUGAACAAGGUCGUCUUAAUUGGAUUUCUCAAAACCAGAAACAGAUACGUGCAGAGCUUUAUCAAGGUUUACAAGAUGCUGUUGCUAAUACAGAUGGAAAUUCAGACAACAUGCAAUGUUCAACAUUAGGUUAG